GAUGGUGUUAAACUAAGGACUCGGGGGAGGAAACGGUAUUUUUUCUGUACCCUUCGCUUGUCUCUGGCUUUGAAUUCAUUAAUAAUGAAGAGGCUGCUGUUUUUAAUUUGUUUCUUUGGGAGAGACAGUGGUAUAACUGGCUGCAACCUUAGCUCCUGCAGACUGGGGUGAAAAGUGAGUGGUUCGGUUCAGCUGCGGCUAACAUUAAGUGUGACGGCGAUGACUUAGAGAUUCCUUCAGAGCCACUGGCUUCAAGGUAACGUCAGGGUUUGUUCAACUGAGAAUGUACUUCAAACUGGCAUCCCCUAAUCAACUUUCCCAAACACUCCAUCAGAUGCUAGCUCAAGAUUUUCUGCUCAGAUGGUUUGACCUCAGAGGCUCGUCCAGCAUUGCAGUGGAAACUUCCCUCUUUUAAAGUCCUUUGCUUUUUUGUGUUUUUUUUCCUCAUGGCCUACCUACUGGUUUCGGCUUUCUUACUUGCGGCUCAGACACAAGGCGCUCCUAAAGAAUAUUCUCAGCAGGGAGUAGGAGUGCUAUUGGACUCCCUGAAACUGCAAGAGGGAUUGUUCACUAAUGAAUCUGAGAAUUACUCUUCACAGGUUCAACCUCCAGGGACAAACCGAAGAAUCCCUCAAAGUAUUAUCAUUGGGGUUCGCAAAGGAGGGACCAGAGCCUUGCUGGAAAUGUUGGACAUCCAUCCUGAGAUUGUAGUGGCCACCACCGAGGUUCAUUUUUUUGACUGGGAUGAGAACUACGCAAAAGGAUUCGAGUGGUACAAGAACCUGAUGCCUUUUUCUUAUGAAAACCAAAUCACAGUGGAGAAGACACCAGGCUACUUCACGUCAUCUCUGUCCCCGGAAAGGAUUCACGAGAUGAACAGCUCCAUCAAACUUCUGCUGAUUCUGAGGGAUCCCACAGAAAGAGUAAUAUCUGACUACACACAGGUCUAUUACAACCGAUUGGAAAAUCACAAACCUGUCCAGGUGAUCGAAGAGAUCGUGAUUCGGAACGGGGUGCUGAACACAAAAUACAAGGCGAUUCAGAGGAGUCUCUAUGAUGUCCAUAUGGAGAACUGGCUGAAAUAUUUCUCCUUGGACCAAAUUCAUAUAGUAGACGGGGACACCCUGAUUAGAGAUCCGCUACCAGAAUUACAAAAAGUGGAAAAGUUCCUCAAUCUGCGCCCCAGGAUAAUGUCUUCAAACUUCUACUUCAAUCAAACCAAGGGGUUUUACUGCAUCCGGAGUGAUGGGCGGGAGAGAUGUUUGCAUGAGUCCAAAGGUCGUCCCCAUCCUAUGGUGAACAGUACCGUGCUGGAGCAGCUGCAAGCCUACUUCAAAGACCACAACCAGAACUUUUAUAGAAUGGUCAACCGUUCAUUUGACUGGCAUUAAAAGACGGAUGGUGCUCUGUCCCUCAUUCUCACUCACUUGGGGACAGGACUAUUUUUGACACUCCAGUCCAAAUAAUAAUUUGCUUAUUUAACAAUAUCGACAAGUGAAAAGGACUUUAUAACUGACAUAUUAAUAAAGGAUUUACCUACUUUUGAUUAUCUUAGAAGUUGCCUUUAUACAACUCUAGUGUCUUCAAAGAAAUUAAUAUAUAAAUACAGGAUAAAAAAAAAUGCUUGAUCAUUAACCAAGUGUACUACUGUACUGUUUGUAAAGAUGCAGCUAUUUGCAUAUGUGAAACUGUAUACAACUUUUUUUUGUCUAUAAUACUUGUUCUUAAAUAAAUGGUACUGCUUUAAAUGUA